AUAUAUACGUCAUAUAAAUAGCAAAAUAUGGUUUGGUGUUGUGCUAGCCAUAUUUUAACUUCUACAACUGUUGCUACUAGCAAAGGUUUUGGCAGUUUACCUGAAAAGUGAGGCUUAUUGUAGGAUUACCUGAUAUUCACAUUAUAUGAACGGUCACACUUCGGGUGCAACAUAGCCUUUUAAAUCAGAAUUAUAUACACAAAGCUUCAUCGAUAUAAGCCUCUUUAAUUUUAAGAAUGAGAGGAAUUGAUGAACAGUAUUAUCAUAUUGAAUAUAAUUACAAUCGCUGAACAGUAUUAUUAUAUUGAAUAUAAUUACAAUUGUCUUUCUCCUUCGCCUUUUAUUUAAUUUUCAGGGUUCUGCCCUUCUUGUAUCCCGAAAGUUUUCUUCUUUAAUUAUAUAUCCUAUCUUCCAGAUAAUUUGUAAUUUAAAUUGCCUGAAUUUGUAAGUUUCCCAAUCUCAAUUUAGUUUAGUUUUUUAUUAUAUAGGUUAAUAUCAGGUAAUGCAUACAUGUAUAUGCAUAUCUAACUUCAAAGUUAAACAUGGUACACAAAGGUUAUAUAGAUAGGGAUUGAUACAGAUGAUUCAUUCGUUACCCUCGAAAUCAUGUAGACUAUGCAUCGUUUAUUGAUUCAUUUGUAAUAGACUAUAAAUCUUGUUUAAUCAGAGUAGAGAUUUGAGUUUUGUACAUAGAAUAGACUAUUAAUAUUGUUUAAUCAAAGUGAUUAGGUAUUUGAGUCAUUAAUUCUGGUUGAAUAUAUGUAUAUAUUCUCUUGUUUCUUUCUUAAAGUUGUCUUACCGUAACAUUUGUUUGAUUGUGGGUUUGUUUUCUUAUCAGAAAUUUAUAACGCCAGAUUGUAGUUUUAAAAACAUCCUCAUGGGAUUAAUGCCAAUCACUCUCAAAGUAACCCCCGGAGAUGAGGUUAUUUUGGAGAACAUUAUUUUAGAUGAGGACGAGAGAGUUGAUCCUUUUAUCAUCAAGGUUGUACAUAACUGACCCUCUCUAUCUUUUAUUUCCUGAUUUAUUCUACUUCACCUUUUCUUUUUAAUUAUGUUUCACCUUUUGACAUUUUAAUUCAUUUGGACCACCUCCAUUUACAGGGUUUUCAUGAAGAAUUUAAAGAUAAAUAUGUGUGCAUAUUUAUGCUCCCCAUGUCUCCUGGCCAUAAGAAAUCUAUGAUUCUUGAUACUACCAGGUUGAGGGACGUUCAUGAGCAAAUUAAGUCUUCUGGUGGAAAUUUUAGUGUCAUUUGUGUGCCUACACAUAUAGAGCAUAAUAAAAAUGAUUUUGAAUACUUCAAUCCAUACCAUGAACACUUGAAGAUCAAAUUUUGCACUUCAUUUCAUCAUAUUCAUCUCGAUGAUUCUGCAUGCUUGAAGCAGAUGGAGAAUAUGAUUGGUAUCCCGAAAGAUCCGGAAGCAGCCUAUGUUAUCCUUGGUCCUAUGAAUGGUUCGUGCAGAAAGGUUGUCAGUAUCCUUAAUAGUGACUUUUUCAAGUGGCAUGGAGCUGAUGCUUUUCCGUUCACCACAGAAAAGAUAGAACAACUGACAUGUGAGGAUGAAGCUUUGUGGAGUUGCAAACAUGAUCUUGGAACUCUUUUAUCAGUGCCUGAUCGUGAUUAUGUUAUAUCAAAUGACUGCACAAAGGUCCCUGUUUCCGAUCUACAUCAAAGGACUGUUUGCCUCUUAUUCUAUGAAGAUACUUUGGAGUGUAGAAAUUGGACGGAGAAACUUAAGAAUCUUUACGUAGUACGUAAUGAUUUUGAAGUGGUGGUUGUCUUCUCCAUUACUUUUGGGCUUGGUCACUCGAUGGAAUUCAAGAAUCGGAGACGCGCCUUAAAAUUUUGGAAGGUGUUCAGUGACAUGCCAUGGUUGGCAAUCCCUCUUGAUGACCCCAAAUGCAGGCAGCUGUGGCGCAUUUUCAGUAAACAGUGCAGUGAAAAGUUGCUCAUAAUUUACUCUAGAGGACAAUACUUUGAGGAAAAUGGAUUCAAAGUUCUGGUGGAGACUGGAUUUAAAAAAUAUCCUUUUAUGAGAAAGGAAGUGGUGCGGACUUCAGUUGCAGCAAAAAAAGAAAAGAACUUGUCCUCAUUUUUGGGACGAAAUGAACUUAUUCGUGGUAGGGAUUUGUAUUAUGCUGGACGGGAGAAAUUUACAGCCUCCAAACUCUUGGGAUGUUCAGUUGUCCUCCUUUUUUUGGGAGUAUCAGGCUUCAGAGGCUUUAGUGACUUGCUGAAUGGGCUACAUUUUAAUCACGGAGUUACCGCCCAUGGUGUUGAAAGUUUUGAGAUAGUUUACAUUCCAGUGACGGAAUCUCCCCCUGAGAUUGUCCCUGACUGUGACUGGAUGCUGGUUAGCCCCAAGGAGCACUUGAUUCCUGUUUUUCAUCACUUUUUUGAUGACGAAAUUACAAAAAAUCCAGGAAAACAAUUCACCAUGGCGAUGGUUAGUUUUGGACAGUUUGGACAUUAUAAUCAUCGUGGAAUCAUCUAUACCAACUGUUCCAAGGACGCAUAUAACUUAUUUUUGGAGACCUUCCCGUUUAAUGACAACGAUGACAAGGAAAGCUUCAAAGUUCUAUAUAAUGCUGCAAUAAACAAACCAAGAAAGAAGACGGAUGAUUAGUUGAAUCGCGUAGGCGUCGAUUCGGGGAAUAUGUGGUGUAUAUAUUAUAUGGAGGAUUACUUUGUUUUGGAAGAACAUAAGCAACGGUGAGGAUUUGCUUAGGAUUCGAUCAAUUCUUGUUACCGGUUACAAAUGAGAACUCAAUGUUAUGUAACAAGACACUCUUUUAAUGUUUUGCUAGCCAUGGAUAUGAGAACUCAAUGUCAUGUAACAAGACAGGCUUUUAAUGUUUUGCAAGCCAUGAGUAUUUAAAGUCAUUUUGUCAAAAUUACAGUCGAGGGCAAAGUAGUACUUCUCCGAGCGAACUUUAAAUAUUUAGUUUAGUUUAGUGUUCUUUGAAUUUUUAUUUUUUUUGUUGCUAUAUGCGUGUUUCGAUUCAA